AUGGAAAUCGAGGACGACUACCACGAGGUGCGCAACAUGCUCGAGGGCGUGCUGCUCUACAUCUUCCGCGGCCUCGCCGAGCGGUGCGCCGAGCAGAUUGCGCUGAUCCGCACCAUCUACCCGUCCGAGGACUUCUUGCUCCCCGAGGCCGGCAAGGAGGUGCGCCUGACGUUCGCCGAGGGCCAGGCUCUGCUGCGCGCCGAGGGCCCCGAGGAGUUCCGCAACGUCAGCGACGAGGAGGACAUGUCGACGCCGCAGGAGAAGGCACUGGGCGCCAUCGUGCGCAAGAAGUACCACACCGACUUCUACGUGCUCGACAAGUUCCCCGAGGGCGCGCGGCCGUUCUACGCGCUCGAGGACCCGGCGGACCCCAAGGUGACCAACGCCUUCGACUUCUUCAUGCGUGGGCAGGAGAUCCUGUCGGGCGGGCAGCGUAUCCACGUGCCGUCGCUGCUGGAGGCGCGGAUCCGCAAGAAGGGCAUCGACCCGGCGAGCCCGGGCAUCAAGGAGUACGUCGACGUGUUCAAGAGCGCGGGCGUGCCCCCGCACGGCGGCGGCGGCAUCGGCCUCGACCGCGUCGUGGCCUGGUACCUGAACCUGCCGAGCGUGCACCUGGCGAGCUACUACCCGCGCACGCCGAAGAGGCUGCUGCCCUGA